AUGUUCAAGGUCCUCGCUGACGACUGGCAUGUUCAAACCCUUCCUAGCCAAGGGCAAAGCGCGAAUUCGCUCAGUGGCCAAGCCAAAAUGGGACAGAAAGGUUCCUCGCACAACGAGAAAGCCCAGUUGGCAGAUACACUAUCGGCCGCCCAUCCCGCGAUUCCUUGGGUUAUCGGAGUAGAGUUUGCAGAUGCAGCCUGCACACAUGGCAGGAAUUUGAUCAUCGAGCAGUCUUCUCUAACGCCUCAACAAAUAAGUUGCGAAGUGUGGGUUCAUAGAGGAGCAGCGGUUGAUGUGUUCACGUUGCCUAAUGUCACAGUUCGUCUGGCAGGUUCAAACCCUUCCUACCCAAGGGCAAAGCGCGAAUUCGCUCAAUGUCCAAGGUUCAAACCCUUCCUACCCAAGCGCAAAGCGAAUUCGCUCAGUGGCCAAGUUCAGGUGCAUGAUCCGUGGAAGACCGAUGAGAACAGGUAUGGAUGCUGGUAUCAUGGAGGCCUUCCUACCCAAGACAAAGCGCGAAUUCGCUCAGUGUCCAAGGUAUCCAAGAAGGAAGACAGAGAUGAUGUGUUGGGAAAAGCGCGAAUUCGCCCCUGUGCCCAAGUUGCAUGA